AUGUUUCUGUUUUUUGUUCUCCCUGUUUUUUUAAAACAAAAAUUCGGCAAAAUAUGGAAACGCCUGAUUGUGAUUUCGUUGACUUCUAUUUCGUGUAACACAAAUGUCGUUCUCGGACGAAAGUGUUUUUAUUCAUGUGACAGUCUUGUUAAUAUUCCACAAACAAAAUACUUUUCAAAUUCGGUCUUUGAACGGUGUACUUCAUUGUCGAAAAUCACACUUUUUGAUGGACUUGAAACUAUUCCACAUUGUGAGUUCUUUAGGUGUUAUAAAUUGAGUGAAAUAAAAGUACCAAAUUCAGUCACACAUAUCAGUAAAUUUGCAUUCAAACACUGCAUUUCUUUGACAUCAUUUAACUCAGAAAGUGUGUCACUUGUAGAAGAUGGGUGCUUCAUGAACUGCGAAAAACUAAAAAGUGUAUGCUUCAAUCAGAAGAAUGUUCAAAUUAACUUUGACGUGUUUUCCGAUUGUACUUCCCUUCAAGAAAUACAAAUUGGUGACGCAUCUAUCACGGUUUGCGACUUUGAAGUGAGUUUUACAACACAUAAAUACUUUUUUGAGAAAAUGGGUGUUGUGUGUAAUAAUGUUGUUUUAACACGACGAGAUGUCGAAAAGUUUGGGCCAUCAAUACUUAACGAAAAGUGUAUACAACGCGUGGGCGAAAAGUGUUUCUUCAACAACAGAAGUCUUACUAAAAUAGUAUUCCCUUCUCAUGUAAAAUCUGUGGGAUAUUACAGUUGUUUCAGUUGUGUUAAAUUGAAAAAAGUUGUUCUACCUGAAGGUAUCACAGAAAUCCCAGCACACAUGUUUGACUUGCGCACAUCACUAAGUUCCAUAAUUAUACCAACCAGUGUUAAAAAGUUUGGAACAAAUUGCUUUUUCUCUUGCGACUUACUCCGUGAUAACUUAUCAAUCCCGAAAGAGGCUUUUAGUUUUAAAGAAGUUCAUAAAAUUAUUGACGAUUCAAAAUCUGAAUCUGAAUGA